GCGUUAUUAUCUUGCUUGCCAAAGGCCCAGUGGCCCAUCAAUGAAUUCUCUCAUUUUUCUUUCCUUCUUUCGUUUUCUUACUGUUAUUUAGAACAUUUACGCUAAAAUGUGCCCGCAUCGAUUUGCAAAAUGUUCAAGAACUGCAUCGUGGUAGCAGGCCCCUGAGGCCAUGUUUUCAACCGAGGGUAUUUUCUCUGUUCGCCGGACGGGGAAAGAAAUCUGUGUUUUCUCUUCGAUUUUUUUGAUAAGUAGUUUUCUCUUCGAUUUUAGUUAACCAACCUAUCCUUAGAUCAGCUUUGACAACCUCUGAAACCAAUCUUCGAGAGGUAUGUUUGUUAUUCUUCCAUCUCUUCAUCUGGGCUUCUCUGUGAUUGAUUGUUUUUCAUUAUACGGGUUCUGUGAUUACCGAAUAACCGUCAAGAAUCGGCUGAUGGGUUUUCAUUUCAUGCUUUUAUUUUGGUGAAAAGUUACGUUAUCAUUGGUUGGGGUUUGGUGCCACUGCAGUAGCUAUUAUCUGUGUUUCCAUUUGUGUACGAUUGUUAUAGAUGGUGGGACAAUAGGUGCAUUGAAAUUUCUGAUAGGGUUCUUAAAGAACGAAAAUUUUGGGUUUUCGGUGUUUGAAAACCGAAAAUCAAAGUUGCUCGUGCUGCUUUUCAUCUGGGUUGGAAUGCUCCAGGCAAAACUAUUACUUUCCGUCAGUGGCGCGUGGAGGAUUUUAGCCAUUUUGGCAAGUCGAGAUGCGUUAAAGAAACUCAUUGGUUUUUUGUUGCUUUCGGUUUUUAUUUCUUAUUAAACUUGGUAAGCAACAUUGUUUUUACAGUUAUUUGGACGAAUUUUAUCAUUGAUACUAAAUAUGUUUUUUGUUAAUAUGGCUUUCAGUCUCUUUGAGCUCUCCUUCGUUAACUUAGUCGAGCUAGUUUAGUUUUGGUGUCGUGAAAUUGGAAAGAUCUAAUCUAAAGACUAAAUGUUCUUUAUAGUUUAUAACCAUUUCAAUUAAAAUGAUAGUUCUCCAGACUAGUCAGAGUUGAUUGCUUCUCCAUUGAAGUGAUGGUUUUAGGGGAUUUGUUCACAUUUAACGUUGCCCCGCUUGGUUACACAAAUGAGAUGAGAUGAGAUAAGAUGUUUUAAAUAGUAAUAAAUAAAAUAUUGUUAUAAUAUAAUUUUUGAAUAUUAAUUUUGUAUUGGGAUUUGAAAAAGUUAGAUUGUUUAUUAUAUUUUAUAUUGGGAUUUGAAUAAGGUGUAAUGAUGAGUUGAGAUGAGAUGAGAUGAGAUUUUUGGUUUUGGCUAACCAAACAAGAAUUUUCAGGUUUUAUAUUCAGUGGAUGAGGUUAAGUUCGGUUGAUCUGGUUUCAAAUUUGAUCAUUGACCUGCUUGCACAAGCAAGACUGUGCUUAUGACAUAGUGACAUUUAGAUACCAUCCAACGUAUACUGACGUGGGCAAUGCUCAACCAAUUCUCACCCAGGAAGCAGAGCAGGAAAAAGUAAAAACUAAUGGGAAAACCACGGUAUCCUUUUCUUUCGCCUGAUCUUUCUGAAUCUGCAUCUUCUCAGAACACUGAGAGGUCCAAUUUAGAUGAGAAUGGAGGUCGCGGGUCUAGUCUUACUGCAGGCGUGAAGAAAAGAGGUCAUGGGAGUCGAUCUUGGAUUAAAAUUGAUAAAAAUGGCACCUCAAAGAUUUUAAAGCUCGACAAGGUCACGAUAAUGAGACAUUGUUCUUUGCCUUCCAGGGAUCUCCGACUUUUGGACCCUUUGUUCAUUUAUCCUUCUACAAUAUUAGGACGGGAGAAGGCUAUUGUGGUCAGUCUUGAACAGAUCAGGUGUGUAAUCACUGCUGAUGAGGUUAUCCUGAUGAAUUCCUUGGAUGGAUGUGUUGUUCAGUACAAGUCAGAAUUGUGCAAACGCCUUCGGAGGAACAGAGAUAAAGCUGAGGAUCUGCCUUUCGAAUUUAGGGCAUUGGAGCUGGCUCUGGAAUUAAUAUGCAUGUCUCUAGAUGCUCAGGUAAAAGAACUGGAAAGGGAGAUAUAUCCUGUGCUAGAUGAAUUGGCAACAUCUAUUAGCACUCUUAAUCUGGAACGUGUGCGUAGACUCAAAGGCCACCUCCUUGCCUUGACUCAGCGAGUUCAGAAGGUCCGAGAUGAAAUAGAGCAUCUUAUGAAUGAUGAUGGGGAUAUGGCAGAGAUGUAUCUGACUGAGAAGAAACAAAGGUCAGAGGCUUAUCUGUUAAAUGACGUUUCUGUGCGAACUGAUACCUCAGGUGGGGCCAGAGAGGUUUCAAAAUCUGCUCCUGUUUCACCUGUGGGGGCCUUCAGUGGAGCUCCAUUUUUGCAAAGGGCUUUUAGUAGUAUCAUGAGUUCAAGCAAACAUGGAAGCUUAAUGGGUUCAUCUGACGGAGAGAACAUUGAACAACUGGAAAUGUUGCUUGAGGCAUACUUUGUUGUCAUUGACAAUACCAUGAGCAAGUUGUUAUCGCUCAAAGAAUACAUAGAUGACACUGAAGAUCUGAUCAAUAUUAAACUGGGCAAUGUUCAGAACCAGCUCAUACAAUUUCAGUUGCUUCUUACGGCUUCUACCUUUGUGGCUACGGUAUUUGCUUCUGUAACCGCAGUAUUUGGAAUGAACUUUGCAGACUCAAUUUUUGACUGCCCCUCUACUUUCAAUUGGGUUCUGGUUAUUACUGGUUUUACCGGUGGGUUUUUGUAUGUUUGUUUCCUAGUUUAUUUAAGGCAUAGGAAAGUCUUUCCGGGGUAAAUUCUGUUGUGAACUGGAAUAUUUACAAUGUAAAUAAAGGUACAAGGUUCUUACUUUGGAACUGUAAUUCCAUUGAGGGUGUCUUCCCUCUCUAUCUUGCCAUCCUCCAGUUUUCACUUCGGUUCAUGUAUUCUGGUGUUCCGUCCCCUGGAAGCAGGAAUUGGUUCAAUCUAAGCCAGGGUUUGCAGAAAAGGUAUUUUACAACAUAUGGUGCUAUUGAUCAGGACACAUGAAGGAAUGGUACUUUGGCCAUCUGAUCACCGGUUGAGUUGGUUAUUCGGCAGCAGCUUCUGCAAAGCUAUCCCUUAAUGGUUGAAGCACUGUCAGCAGUUGCAUAAUGUCUUGAACCUACGAGCUGUUGGGAUUCACAAGUUCAUCCUUCAACUAAACUGGGAGGCCGUCAAAUUAGUUGAGGGAAUCUCCAUGUCCUCUCUGAAUAUGACUUCUCUGUAAGGGAUUUGGGUUUCUUGGAGUGGGAGAGAGACGCAUGAAGUGGAAUUCACACAUGUAUAAUUGUCACAGUAAAUUUCUACAGCACCCUGUUUAGAUUUGGAAA